CAUAUUACCCCCCUCCUCCUCCCUCUCUCUCCACUCAGGCUUGUCUGCCGUCGCCUCCGGUUCUCUCUCCACCGUCGGCUUCCUUCCCUUCUCUUUCCGCCGGUGGAUUCAGUCUUUCACUUCUCCGCCGUCGGCUCGGGUCUCUUCUCUCUCUUUGCCGGUAGAUAUCGCGGUCAGAUCUCCGCCCUCGCCGCCGUCUUCUCUCACCUCCGACGGUAGUCUUUGUCAUCAAUUUCUCCGCGGCAUGCUUCCCUCCUAUAGCUCUGUCUUCGGCCUGCGUUGACAUUCUCUCCACCGUCGUGUUCGGCCCUUUCUCUCGACUCGCCGUCGUUCCUAUUCUGUAGCAGUUAGGUAAUAGCACGAUGAGCUACAAAAGUAAUACAGACUUUUCCCAUGGUGUUGUGGCUAUCAAAUCCGAGCCAGGCGCUCUUGGAACCUAUGUGAAUCAACAGAACUGUCAUGGUAGCCAUAAUUCUGGAGGGCAACUGCAAAGUCAAGAUUCGGGAGAAAAUAGAUGUUCAACAGUUCAAAGCACUGGGCAGAGUAGCACCAGUGUAGUGGAACAGGUUCAAUCGCCUAUUGACGAUACUGGUGGCACUUCAUCUGGUAUAUGUCCACCUCCAAUAUGUCGUCAAUUCUGGAAGGCAGGAAAGUAUAAUGAUGGAUCUGGUUUGGAGGCCCGUGCUCGUCAUUCAGAUGGAAAAAAUUAUCUUCAUGUCCAUCCGAUGUUCCUUCACUCAAAUGCUACCUCACAUAAAUGGGCUUUUGGUGCCAUUGCUGAACUGCUUGACAAUUCUGUUGAUGAGAUCCAAAAUGGGGCCACUUUUGUCAUUGUAGAUAAAAUCACAAAUCCAAGAGAUGGUAUGGCAGCACUGCUUGUUCAAGAUGAUGGUGGCGGGAUGGACCCGCAGGCAAUGCGUCAUUGCAUGGGUUUUGGAUUCUCGGAUAAGAAAUCAAAAUCAGCCAUUGGAAGAUAUGGAAACGGUUUCAAGACGAGCACGAUGAGACUUGGGGCAGAUGUAAUAGUUUUCAGCCGCCAUUUAACGAACAAGACAUGGACACAGAGCAUUGGUCUCCUUUCUUACACAUAUCUUACACGAACUGGCCAUGAUAGAAUAGUUGUUCCCAUGUUGGAUUACGAGUUUAACAAGGCAACAGGCAGAUUUGAGAUGCUACAAAGUAGAGAUCAUUUUGUACAGAAUCUUGCCAUUCUACUAGAAUGGUCUCCGCUUUCCACAGAAGCAGAACUUUUGAAGCAGUUUGACAACAUAGGGCCUCAUGGGACAAAGAUUAUCAUCUAUAAUCUCUGGUUCAAUAACGAUGCUAAAUUGGAAUUAGACUUUGAUUCAGAUGUUGAGGAUAUUCUCAUUGAAGGAAGCAUGAAAAAAGUUCAAACUAUUCCUGGUUGGAGGGAUGUUAAUGAACAACAUAUUGCAAACCGGUUCUCCUACUCACUUCGUGUUUACCUAUCCAUAUUAUACCUGCGGAUUCCUGAAAAUUUCAAGCUAGUGUUGCGUGGUAAAGUUAUUGAGCAUCAUAACAUUGCUGAUGAUCUCAUGUAUCCACAGUACAUUUUGUAUAAACCUCAAACUGGUGGAUGUGUGGAGGGCGAAGUUGUAACGACAAUAGGAUUUCUGAAAGAAGCUCCUAAAGUAAAUAUUCAUGGCUUCUGUGUUUAUCAUAAGAAUCGUCUAAUAAUGCCAUAUUGGCAAGUCGUUAACUAUUCAGAUAGUCGGGGAAGAGGAGUAGUUGGUGUUCUAGAAGCUAAUUUCGUUGAGCCAACUCAUAAUAAGCAGGAUUUCGAGAAGACUUCCCUUCUUCAGAAGCUUGAGAACCGUCUAAAGGAAAUGACAUGGGAAUAUUGGGACUAUCAUUGCGUGUUGAUUGGGUAUCAAGAGAGAAAGAAGCCCCGUAUUCGGAAAUCUCAAGAUAUUCUGGUUGACAGUAGGACGUGUAGCGAUAUUUAUCCUCACAAACCUUCUGUAGUUAUUGACAGACAAGCAAUAACUGCUCCUCCAGGGUUUCAAAAAGCUUUUAUUUGUGGUAACUCAGCAUCUCUCUCUAGAGCUACAGUUGAACCAGUGUUAUUGGAAAAGAGGAAACAAGUUCCUGAUUUGGUAGAAUCUGCAGGGUCAAAACGACAUUCUAAAAGUACUACCUGUACAGAUUUACAGCAGAAUCCAGCCAAGCAGUCCAAAGAUCCUAAAAUUGUUGGCUUGAUGGAAGAAAACAAGAAGCUCCGUGCUAAAUGCUUGGAGCACAAACAGCAAAGCAAAAACCUUGAACUCAAGGCAUCGUGGCUUAGGAGCGAGAUCGGGAAAACCAAGCAGCAGUACGAGCGGUUGAUUGCUGAGUUUCAGGCCUUGAAUGUGGUUAAAGAGGAGCACAACACAAAUGUACGUACGUAGAUUUUAGGUCUCUUUUGUUUGUUUUCGCUUUGAAUCAUUCCCUCUCGGCGAGGGCGAAAAGGACGAAUCCAUUGUAUGGAUUACAUCCCUACUUUUCGUUUCGAUACAAAGCUUUAAGCCUUUGUUUCCCUCCUCUCAGGAACGUAAUCAAUCAUUAUGGUAAUCUAUGAGAUAUAUUAACCGAUGGAGAGGCAUCAAUAGGAAGUCUGGAUCAUUAUUUUCCAUCAA